AUGGAAAUCGCCGUCGAUAACAAUGUCCAACAGCCAAAAGUCCACUGCAUCUUCUCGCCCGCGAAUUCCACAUGGUGCUACAUCAUAGCAGACCGGGCGUCCGGCCACGCCAUCAUCAUUGAUCCUCUCUUGUCCAGAGAUCACACCGGGGCCAUUGCAUCUACAGUUCCAGAUUUGAUACUUGAGAUCGUCCACUCCAACAACUAUACCGUCGACCACGUCCUGGAGACCAACGCACACGAAGAAUACCCAUCGGCAGCAUGGUACCUUCGCAAUCAACUCCUAGAAAAACGCGGCCGCGCUCCUCGAGUAGCCGUCCAGAAGAGUCUACGAAUCGUCCAACGCAUUCAUGCUCGAAAAUAUGGGAUCAAGAAUAAAUUCUGGACUGGAGAAUUCGAUGGACGUUUCGUAGACGGCGAGGUCUUGGGCGCAGGAAGUCUACGAAUCCAAGUCAUUCAUUUACCAGGUCGUUCACAGGAUCAUGUGGGAUAUGUAAUCGGGGAUAAUCUUUUCGCUGGGGAUUGCUGUUUUCAUACAAGAAAUCAUUUUCACUUGCAUCCGGUUGUACAAGAUUGUUUGAUGAUUUCGAUCAAGAGACUGCAGAGUAUGUCGCCCAAACUGAGGAUUUGGACUACGAGAGGUUGUAGUUCUCGGCCAGAGGGGUGUGUCGGGGAGUUUAUAGGAGUGCAUGGGAAAAACGCCAAUGUCCCUGUCGCGGGCGGUAUAGAGCAAGGGCUUGUGGCAUAA